CCCGCAGACUGCAGACUUUCUAUCGGCCGAUAGUUUGGUCGGCUUGUUAAUCAGUAUGGAGAGUUAUGCGUAUGCGCACAUUACAACGAUUCAGUAUCGGCCGAUAAAAAAGUUUGAUGGGCUUCCCGAUUUCCUUCAAACUGAUCUGUCGGCCAACUGUCGGCCGACUGCUUAAUCAGUAUUGGCUAACUUCCACGUGCGCACACACGACGAUUGUUCAAUCGGCCGAUGGCUCAGUUCGCUCCGGCCAUUGGCGUUGGACAGUCGUUUCGUGCGUAUAUUUUUAAUAUGGCAUCGCCAAAUUCACAAUCGUUGAUUGUAGAAACGUCCAUCGUACAGUUGAUUGAAGAAGUCGAGAAAAGACCUGCGCUUUAUAAAAAAACUUUAAAAGAGUACUCCGACGCAAAUCUCAAGAAAAAAUUGUGGGAGGAAGUUUGUGAAGCAGUUGUUCUUGGUUGGAAUCACCUUAAUGCCGAGGACAGAACAAACAAAGGUCGCGAGGUGCAAAAAAAUGGGCUAAUUUAAGGACUUGCUUUCGUCGAGAAUUAAAUGCACAAAAAAAACACUAAAUCGGGACAAGCUGCGACCAAGAGGCGUAAAUGUGUCUACUUUGAACAGUUAUUAUUUUUACUCCCAUGCAUGGAAAACCGACGUACUGAAGGUAAUCUGGAGGAGAACAAUUCUCAAGAAAAUGAUGAGGAUGAUGAGCAAGCUGGACCAUCUGCUUCCACCCCUAUUCGUCAGCGGAAGAAGAGGCCUAAUGUAUCGAAGCAUACGGACUUGGAUGAAGCAUUAUUAAAAUCAUUAAAUGCGACUAAUGCUGAUGAAGAUGUAAACUUUGCUUUGUCUCUAGUCCCUUCACUCCAAAAUUUAACCGCAGAAGAAAAACUGGAUGCUAAAAUAGGUAUUCUGAACGUGUUUAAACAGAUAAGACUAGCUAGGUGUGUUCAAUCUACUCAGCCAACAUAUAGGUACAACACAGUACAGCAACCUAUGUCCUCUUUUCCUCUUUAUCGAGGGACUAACAACAUGCCACCACAACAACAAUCACAGGCAUAUACAACUAGGUCUACACCAUCCCCCAAUUUGCCACCCACAACCAUUCAAAACAUUUCAUCACCAGGCAACUCCAACGAGACAGUCCAGUCUUAUUAUUAAAAUUUUUCAACUAAUUCGCAAAUAUACGAUCUGUAAACAACUUGAUCUCUCA